GGGAGGUGACGCGCCGCCGGCGAAGGCCGGGCUGGGGUGCUGGAAAGGAGCCGAGGCUCCAGGAAGCUGAGGCAGCGCUGCCGCCUCGCCGCCUCCACUCGGUGGCCGGGAUGCUGCUCGCCUGCGGCGUCCCGCUCCCGGGAACGCCGGCCUGCGGAGCAGGAGGGCUCUAACUCCUUGAGGACCUCAGCAUUGUUGACGUGAUUGUGUGUGAGAAGGACUGAGUACUACCUGGUCACUGACCUUUCAGUAUGGGGAGGUUUGGCGUCUCCUGUCUUUUUCCUGCUUCUUGGCAUUUUAGCAUUUCUCCAGUGGGGUGUCCUCGAAUUCUGAAUACCAAUUUACGCCAAAUUAUUGUCAUUAGCAUCCUGGCUGCUGCUAUUUCACUUUUAUGCUUUUCUGUUGUCAUAAUCCGAAAUAAGUAUGGGCGUCUAUCCAGGGACAAGAAAUUUCAAAGGUACUUGGCACGAGUUACUGACAUUGAAGCUACAGACACCAAUAACCCCAAUGUCAACUAUGGGAUCGUGGUGGACUGUGGGAGCAGUGGGUCUCGAAUAUUUGUCUACUGCUGGCCAAGGCAUAACGGCAAUCCACAUGAUCUGUUGGAUAUCAGGCAAAUGAGGGAUAAAAAUCGAAAGCCAGUGGUCAUGAAAAUAAAACCUGGCAUUUCAGAAUUUGCUACCUCUCCAGAGAAAGUCAGUGACUACAUUUCUCCACUUUUGAACUUUGCUGCAGAGCACGUGCCACGGGCAAAACACAAAGAGACACCUCUCUACAUUCUCUGCACAGCUGGAAUGAGAAUCCUUCCUGAAAGCCAACAGAAGGCCAUCCUGGAAGAUCUUCUGACCGAUAUCCCUGUGCACUUUGACUUUCUGUUUUCUGACUCUCAUGCAGAAGUAAUUUCAGGGAAACAGGAAGGUGUGUAUGCUUGGAUUGGCAUUAAUUUUGUACUUGGACGAUUCGAGCAUAUUGAGGAUGAUGACGAGGCAGUUGUGGAAGUUAACAUUCCUGGUAGUGAAAGCAGUGAAGCCAUUGUGCGUAAAAGAACAGCAGGCAUUCUUGACAUGGGAGGCGUGUCAACUCAGAUAGCCUAUGAAGUCCCCAAAACUGCUCCACCUUCUCAGCCCAGGAGAAAGACAGAAGGAAGAAGGCAGACCUCAGCUAAGCCCUGUGUUUGUUCAUUGAAAUCAGCUGGUUUGUUUGCUGAGGAAGUAGCUAAGAACUUACUAGCUGAAUUUAACUUGGGAUGUGAUGUUCACCAAACUGAGCAUGUGUACCGAGUCUAUGUGGCCACAUUUCUUGGAUUUGGUGGCAAUGCUGCUCGACAGAGAUAUGAAGACAGAAUAUUUGCCAACACAAUUCAAAAUAACAGGCUCUUGAGUAAACAGACUGGUCUGACUCCAGAUGCGCCGUACCUGGACCCCUGCUUACCCCUAGACAUUAAAGAUGAAAUACAGCAAAAUGGACAGACCGUAUACCUACGAGGAACUGGAGACUUUGACCUGUGUCGAGAGACUGUCCAGCCAUUCAUGAAUAAAACAAACGAGACACAGACUUCCCUCAAUGGAGUCUACCAGCCCCCAGUUAACUUCCAGAACAGUGAAUUCUAUGGCUUCUCUGAAUUCUACUACUGCACUGAGGAUGUGUUACGCAUGGGCGGAGACUACAAUGCUGCUACAUUUACUAAAGCUGCAAAGGAUUAUUGUGCAACAAAGUGGUCGAUCUUACGGGAACGCUUUGACCGAGGACUGUAUGCCUCUCACGCUGACCUCCACAGGCUUAAGUAUCAGUGCUUCAAAUCUGCCUGGAUGUAUGAAGUGUUUCAUAGGGGCUUUUCGUUUCCUAUCAACUAUAAAAACUUGAAGACUGCCUUGCAAGUUUACGACAAGGAAGUUCAGUGGACGCUAGGAGCAAUCCUAUACAGGACCCGCUUUUUACCCUUAAGAGACAUCCAGCAGGAGGGUUUCCGGGCCAGUCAUGCUCACUGGCGGGGCGUCUCCUUUGUCUACAAUCACUACCUGUUCUCUGGCUGCUUCCUGGUGGUCCUCCUGGCCAUCCUGCUCUACCUGCUGCGGCUCCGGCGUAUCCACUGGCGCACUCUGCGCCCCGGCUCCGCCGCUGCGCUCUGGAUGGAGGAAGGCCUCCCCUCCCAGAAGGCUCCAGGCACCGUGUGAACCCAGUUGGACCUCCAGGAAGACUCAAGGAAAAGCCAUUUUUGCCUCAGGGUUUCUCAUCUUUAUUUUCCUGUGGUUUUGUUUUUCCUUUUCCUUUUUGUUCCUUAUAAAGCAAAAUCCAUUGUUUGUAAGCCUUGCUGUCCAUUUAGCUGUUUUGAUCACAGCUUUAAAUUGAGGAAUAGGGAAAAGGGGACAUUCACUUGAUUUUUUUCUGUGUAGGACAUCUGCCAAAAGCUAACACAAUUUUGUGGGUUUUUUUAAGGUACAUUAAAUUUUAAACAGAUGCACUUUGAUGUUGGAAAGACAUGGAAAUGAUGUGUUCCGUCAGUAGAGACAGGACAAAAGAGUGAUACUUUUAUAAAACCAAAACUUAUUGACUGAAAUGAUCACCUUUUUCUCUAUCUUGAAAACUCUAAAUAGACAGUGAUGUUUAAUUUUUAUUUAUUGUUCAGGUCUGUAAUUAUUAUGUUUUCUUUUCAGGUUUAAAAAUUUAAAACCAUUUAUAUCCAAAAUAAAGUAAUUUAGGCACCUGGAGGUAACCAUUUUUAAAAUUUAUACUGAAGAGAUGUGGAAAAUGUGACCUAUUGAGCUUUGUGUAUGUGUAUGGAAAACGCUCAUGAACCAGAAUGAGGGAAUGCGGUGCCGGUUCUUGUAAAAACAUGCUUCAAACCAGGCGUGGUGGCUCAUGGCUGUAACCCUCUUACUCUGGGAGGCCGAGGUGGGUGGAUUGCUGGAUUGCUUGAGCUCUGAAGUUCAUGACCAGCCUGAGCAAGAGCAAGACCUUGUCUCUACUAAAAAUAGAAAAAUAGCCAUGCAUAGUGGUGCAUGCCUGUAGUCCCAGCUACUUGGAGGCUGAGGCAAAAGGAUUGCUUAAACCUGAGAGUUUCAGGUUGUUGUGAGCUACAAUGACGCCAUGGCACUCUACCCAGGGUGACAGAGUGAGACUGUCUUUUAAGAAAAAAAACACAUAUACUUUGGAAUUUACAAUUGCAUUACAUUUAGAAAAAUCCCCAUUACUGUCAUAUUUUCUUAACCAUAGGUAAUCACAUUCUUUAUCUGAUAUUUCAGUGACCUUAGAAUAUUUUGUUUUUGAAAGAAUUGGAAAAUUCAUUAAGUCUCACUGGUUUUAAUUAUAUUAGAACUAGAGCUAACUUCCAGUCAUUUCACUGUUUCUUACAAAUACACUUCUGUUUGUGUAAUUGUGCUCCAAUUUCUCCCAACUUCAAGCCGGUAUCCUCUCUCCCCAGUCUCUUAGUUAAAAGUUGUCUCAGCAAUUUGAUUUGGGAAACACAUAGCUUGAUAAAUUCUCUUUAUUAUUGCUGUUGCUGAGGCUGUGGUUGGCAAUGCCACUCUUAAUCCAGACUGAGGGAAGAGUCUGAUCUAAGAAAAACUCACAUUUUGAAAACAACAAAUCUGACAUUAUAAGCAAAAACCUAAAAAGGACAACAGAACUGGUAUAUGUGAAAUUGGUUGUUUUUUACCCAUUCCUUUAGUUUAGAAGUUUCAGGAAUUCUCAUAUUUUUUUUUAGGUGAAGUUCUUUUUGUGUGAAUGUGUAUGUGUGUGUGCAAUGUGUGUAUGCACAUGUGUGUACAAAUGUACUGUUUCCUAACUCCAGAACAGUUAAAUUCACAUAUUUGGUUGCAAAUUGGUGCCCUAAGUGGGAUCCCUACUAUAAUAGAUUUCUGAAGUUUGUGGAAGAACCUUGGAACUAGGUAAUGGGCAGAGACUGGAAGAGCAGGCUAAAAGAGGCCUGUUUUGCUGUGAACUGAUUAUUAAGGGUGAGUCUGGUAAGGACUUACAAGAAAAGACUGAGGAAAGUCUGCCCCAGGUAUAGCUUGACCUGCCGCUCCAGAAAUACAGGCCAUAACUUUGGUGGCAUCCAAGGCUUCUAAUUCUGGAGACAAGAGCUGUGGGGGCAUAGGUCCCUCCACCUAGAUUUCCAAGGAUGUUGUGGAUAACUAGGGGGCCCAGGUGGAGACUCAUCACAAGCGAAGUAGUCCAGUCAGGGUCAGUUCUAGAACAGGUGCCUUGGGCCUCGGGGUCUUGUGGUGCUCCAGGACGUUCUACCCAUCUGACUGAAUGCACCUCAUGCUUGAAGUCCUUAAGAAAGCGAGUGAGCUUCUGGCUCUGUAAGGAGUUGGUCUUGGCCAUCCAACUCCCACCUCUCCUAGCCAAAGCCUUGGUUCUUUGGUAGAAACUGCAGGGAGUUUGGGGCCAAGCCACAAGAGGUCAGCAGUUGGACAGGAGGAGGGAAAGGAAAGGGCUGCAAAGGGGCCCUUUGAGAGAAGGUGGAUGGGCACCCAAAGGAGUUGGUAGGGGUAACCCUUCUUCUGGGUCUGGACAUGAAGAAACGUUAGGGCAUAAACAUCAGUGACCCAAAACAAGGGUUAAGAAAAACUUCACUGCUUGAACUGUAAGGAAGGGGUAGAUUUUCAAUUUUAAAAGAAAAGUUGGAAGAAUUUGCACCUGACACCAUAUGUGACCUAUAAAGCCUAAAUUAUUCACAGAAAAAGUUUCCUAGCCCUUGGAAGAACAGCCUGGUUCAAGAAGACAGUAGCAUACUCUUAAUCCAGGAACAUAGUUACCAUUUGUGGGCAUAAAAAAGUGGGCAAGAGAAAUAACCGAACUUAAGUCUUAAAAUACUUGUUUAUGCAGAAUUUCACCUCUUACUUUUGAUUCUAGAUUACUUUCAAGAUGAGUUUUCUAGCAAACUAGGAAACCUAGUCUCUGCAAAAUAAAAUUUUAAAAGUUCUAUUGAAGGGAGCCCAUCAUGUUGUGUUGAGAUGUCUGCAGUCACAGCACAUUGCAUUUCAGAGGUAGCCUCACGUAGUUCCUCACAACUCUGUACAUGCCACAGAAGAGACUGCUAGGUGCUGCGUCUGAGUGGUGCAAGGUAGGUGAGAGGCAGGCGAAGAGGAGCUUAAUUCAAGAGGUGAAGGAUUCAUCUCUAGAGCUGACCAGGGAGGCAGUAAACUGUGUCCUUGAAAUAAAAGACAGGCCAGGUGGGGUGGCUCAUGCCUGUAAUCCUAGCACUCUGGGAGGCCAAGCCGAGUGGAUUGCUUGAGCUCACAAGUUCUAGACCAGCCUGAGCAAAAGCGAGAACCCAUCUCUACUAAAAAAAUAGAAAAACCAAGGCAAGAGGAUUGCUAGAGCCCAAGAGUUGGAGGUUGCUGUGAGGUAUGAUGCCAUGGUACUGUACCCAGGGCUACAGCUGGAGACUGUCUCAAAAAAGAAAAGAAAAGAAGAAACAAAAGACAUUGGACUGGGAACUUGCUGAAAACACUCUGUGUUAAGCACUGCACAGUAACUUCUUACGUUGCAUGGCCAUGUUGUGUGCUUCUCCUUACACCUCCAGGGAAUGCUCUCAGGAUUUUACAGCCCCUUUGACAUCACAGAGGAAGAAAACACAUGGAUUUUUGGCCCAUUUUUACCCUUAAACUACUAGUGUUAGGCAGUGCUUUUGGACCUGGGGGUAAGUUGAAAAUGCUGCUAGCAACCCAGAGGCUCUGCCUGGCCACCCUGAAGACUGAGCGCUUCUGUGCAUUCUAGAGUGACCAACUCUCAGUGAACAGAUGUUUACAUCUUGAACUCAGGCCAACGUGGCAUAGUCUUCCUUAUGAGGAGCGUGUGUCACCUAGCAAGAAACUAGAAAAGGCAGAUGGGUUUUCCAAGCUUUAAAAAACAUCAGCUUUCGAGUUCUGUGCAAUCAAGUGCAGUGCAGCAAAAACUACCUUGAAGUGAGUUAUUUAUUUCAGUGUUUUGUUUCUUACAACUUUAAUUUUCCCUUUGAAUGAUGAAUGAUUCAUUGUUCUGUUACUAAAAAAUAUAUUUUCCAGUUAGGAAUUAUAAGAACUAAGGGAGAAUUUUUAAUUUUUUUUUGUUGUAAGUGAUGUUUUCCAUUUGUAGGAAUCCUCUUGGAAGGUCAUUGUGGUGGUGUGUCAUUUGCUGUACGUGGCAGCCUCACAUUGCCACAUGUGCACAUGGAUGGUGUUGAAAAUCAAUAAAAUGAAAUUUCAUCUG